UGCGGUUCAGUAGUAAAUAAUACUACACUAACAAGUCCAGGACAUCCAAACCACCAUCCAAGAAACAUGGACUGUAAUUGGACUUGGGAAAUUCCAACAGGAAAAAUUCUGAAUGUGACCUUUGCAUCAUUCGACAUGGAACCUCUGUGGGAUUGUGGGUAGGCGAUUUAAAUGAGAAGUAGAAAAGGGUUGUAAAGUCCUCGAGCCGUAUCCAUCUUAAAUCAGUACUAUAGAGCUGAAUAUCUGCUAACAGACAACGGCCUCCCCCAAACGGCCUUUAUUUGAUAGUUCCAUUGGGGAAUUGGGGUUAGGUAUAGCUUAAGUGCAGUUCGAGUGUAUUUUUGUCAAUAGAGCUCUUUAGCGUAUAUUUUUUUUGUUUUCUUAAUGUAGGUCCUGUGAUAAUACUCCAGAGAAUUGUGUAUUUCAAACUUCGAUUUUUUUCUCGUGCAUAUGUACCCAUAAUUUAUGAAAAGAGAAAGUGGGUAAAAGCUAAAGCUUAAGACUUAAGACUCUUUAAAAAGAGACUAUGACACCUACGAACUGGAAUUAUUAAUACACCAGUCUGUCAAGUUUCAUUUUUAUUUCCUUUUAAGCAAACAUACAGACACACUUGUUAUUCUGCUUUUCUUGUGACUUUUCUUCCAAAAGUCAAAACAGUAGAGGUAAACCACUCUGCCUUAAAUCAAACACAUUCUACGCUUCCUUGAACAUUUUCCAGAGGUUUAUGGUCUUACUAAUUUGUCAAGUUAUUGAACGAUUUUGUAAGCCAAGGCAAGACAAAGCCUAACAAGAUAGAUCGUCCCUUUCUUUUUCAUGGAAAAAUAAUUGUUGACCAAAGCGAUGGGCGUUAAUAAUCUAGCAGAGUAGUAGUUUGAUACUCUUGCAUUAGAAGCGAAGAAGCUUACCUAGCUGCAAUGUACACAACAUAAAACCGCAAUAAUAUUACAACGCUGUCUAAAAAAGACCAGUUACGGACUUUUGUGGGCAAAAUGCAAGAACAAAACAAAUAAAUUAAAUGUGUAAUCUUGCGCAGGUUAUCAAAGCAAGUUUUUUUUGUCACCAAAAUAAAAUUUGUUUUUUGUAGAAGAACCAAACGGUUUUACUGUUUCAUCGGGCCUGGAUCUUUUAUCUUCUUGUAGGAGAGACUAUUUGAGUAUUUACCAUCAAAGCAACGUUCUGAUUGGCAAGUAUUGCGGUGAUUUGACGUACAAUUUGGCAGUGAUAGUUGCCGGGAAUUACACAGUGAUCAAAUUCCACUCGGAAAACGUUGACAAAGGAAAGCGUGGAUUCAGAUUGCAUUUCAGUGAAUUACCUCGAAGUGGUAAGUACAGAAGGGACCGAAGCGUAAUACAAGAAUUUGUGUGGGAAAUAAUUCUCAAUUUUCAAUCUAACCUACUUGCGAGCACAGGCGCUUCGAUCUUCGUAGAUAGGUCGGGACAGUAUCUAAGAUGGCGACCAGCCGUGAUAUUUUACGUAUCACUUUUGUCUGGCUACACAUGAAUUAAUUUUCUUCGUAAAUUAGUUGCUCUAACGUCUUUAUUCGCGAGGGAGCUUAAGCAACAACAACGGCGACGGCUACGAAAACGCACCUAAUAGCAAAUUUAAUCGAAACGAUGCAAAGUAGACGUAAACAUUUCGAUUAUCUCUCAUUUUCCUCGGCAGAGCUAUGCGGUUCGGCGAAGGAUAAUAUACUGAGAUCCCCUGUAUAUGUACAAAGUUAUCCACCAAAUAUGCACUGCGUCUAUAAUAUCUCAGUUCCACAUGGCAAGGUGCAAAAACUUGUAUUUCAAAUAUUUGAACUGGCGUUUGAUCCAGAAUGCAGGUUAGAGUAAUAUUCCUUGAUUAAGUGUGUUUCUAACUAUAGUGUGUUAGUGAGCAGUGUCAAAAUAAACCGUGAAAAUGCUAACUAAAUUUGGAUGAAAGGGAAACCUGAACCGGCAAGAACUGGUGGCUUAUGAUCCAAGGAUCACUAUACAAAACUUUGGGUAAUAAUAUAAUGAGCUCAAGUAAUUACAUGUUAACAGGGCAAGAAGUGCACCUAAUAAGGACACCAAUGUCUGUGACAGUUAUUGGCGUUCAAAUAUUGACAUAAUUCACUGGGAAGUGAGUCUGUUGAUAAACAUCAUCAGGUUUCAAAUUGCUACGUAAUGCAGUGGUCAUUCAUAUUAAAAACCUCGGCUUAAUUUUGAAAGGUCAAAACUCUUAAAUAACUUAAAGUAAACCGUUUUUUUCUUUGUACUUACUUGAAGGAAUUGGCCACCACUUCGAAAUGUUAAGAAGUCAAAUGGCCCUCACAAAAAGUUAAUAUCAUGUCAUGGAAAAGCAACUUCAAAGAAACCAAUCCAUCUGAAUGGUUCUUCAUUCUGAACAGAAGCCUUAGACUUAAUGCAUUUUAACAGGAACAUAUGUAAAAGUAAUUUGUUUAAAGUAAACCCGUGAAAUAUUGAGUGUUUCCUUUGCAGAUUGAACUACCUGAGCAUUUCACAUGGUAAUAACUCUAUCGACCAUUAUUGCGGUAACUUAACGGGAAAAGUUAUUUUCGUUUCACGAGACUAUCUGGUGUUAACAUUUCACUCAAACGAGAAAUUUGAUCCUAACAAUAGAGGAUUUGAAAUAUUUUUUACGGAAGAUGUAAACAUGCCUGGUAAGUGAAUGUAACGAUAACUAUACUAUAUCAAUACCACCAUAGCAAAUUCAGUUAUAUUAGAGUACAGACACAUGGAUGACGUCACGGAAACGUUUUUUCUUUGUUUGUCAAACAUGGCGCGCGCUUUUGAAAUGUAUUCGAGAUUAUUUCGGAAUAAGCAAGUGAAGGACUUAAAAAGGUGGGGCUCGUGUGCCUCUUAUUUGUUUGUUUGGUUUUGUUUUUACCACUUUCUCACUCUAUCUGUGAUCUAUAACUGAACGGACGUACGGCAACAUGGAAUCUAUUUGCAAAACGUUGUCAAAAGAAAAGGCACCCUGCUAGCAGGGUGGACAAAAGUUUAUGAAAAUUAAUAAUGAUCACCAAAGAAAAAAUGCUAUGAUCUUUUAUCAAAUGGAAAUGAGCGGAGAUCGGUAUGGAAAAUUAUUGUGUACGCGGCGUUUUCCUGAAUGUUUCAUGUUGGCAAAUAUCAUGGUCGAGGAAAAGCUUUACAACUAUUUUAAAAUUGCAACUAAAAGAAAGACCGGUCACAUAUUGAAUAUCCUGAGAAAACAGCCGUGAUUUCACGACCCCACCACUGGUUUCCCCGCGAAGUGACGUCUUAGGAAGGACUGCAACAAUUCCAUACUUAUGACGUGUCAUUACCCAGAUUUGGGUAGUGCUUCUGAUUGGUUGAGGCAAAUUUCGCGGCACAACCAAUCAGAAGCACUACCCAGAUCUGGAAUGUUGGCAUACGUCAUUUCGCGGAAAAACCAGUGAAACCAGUGCUCGCGAAAUGUUGGCUGUUUCCUCAGGCUAAGUAUUGAAUAAGUUAUAAUUUGACUAUAUUUUCAGCACCUUGUCCACUAGGAUGGACAAGCCUUUAUGGUUCUUGCUACAAAGUAUCUUCCAACGAACUGGAGUGGAACUCAGCAAAGUCCGCUUGUGAAGCACUGGGAUCAAGUCUUGUUAUUCUGAACUCACUGGCUAAAAUACAAGAGCUCAUUAAAAGAACAAAUGGCCAGACGUGGAUUGGUUUACAGAGGGAUCUCAAGGGCAGUUCACCCUGGCAAUGGGUUGAUGGGUCUGGCGCUUUUUAUAGCUACUGGUGGAGUGGAGAGCCAAACGAUAUCGACGGCAACGAAGAUUGUGUAGUAAUGAACCCUCACAUAGGAAAAUGGAAUGACCGAGGGUGUUGGAAAUCUCAUUAUUACGUUUGUGAAAUCAACGGUAACACAACUUUCUAUGGUAAUAAGUAAAAUCAAAAAGUAAAGUAAAUUUUAAAUUUGAUGUGUAAACAGUACUUCCAAUGAUUGUACGGUUUAUUUAAGAUCCCAAUGAAUCUGGAUAUUUCUCAUAAAGGUAAUAAAGGUAGACUUCUUGUAUUAUAAUAAAACGAAAAUCUUUUUUUCUUUUUCAGCGACAAAAAUACCAGCAGUCAGCGACAACAACUUUUGAUUCCUCCACUUAUGAUAAUAUUCGUUCAUUUCAGAAAUAUUAGAAACCUUAGAUUCUAGGGCGAGAACGACAACGAGUACGAGAGUUCAUUUAAAGUUUUUUCGCAUAUUCUCAAAUAAUAGACACUGUGGAUAGCUUCAUUCUACAUCUUUUCCACCAAAAACUUAGCCCUGUUAUCUUUAUUGAAUGAAGUUAAACUCCCAGCUGAAAAAUAAUAAAACCUAUAACACUUUAUAACUCGCUUCUGACCGCUAACACCCUAACUCGUACUAGAAUGACGCGGACGUUUCCCGCCAAAAUGACGCUGGUUCACUCGCGCGCACUACUGAGUAUUGAGGAAAUCUGGUACUCGUAGUCGGACUCGUCUUAGAAUCUAAAGGUCUCUAUUUGUCUUUCGCAGGUUGCCCCCAGGACUGGAUUCAAAUCCUCGGCUCCUGCUACAGAGCCUCUUCUUACGCACUGGAUUGGUUCGCGGCAGAAUCUGCCUGUAAGGCAAUUGAAUCUAGUCUUCCUAUAAUGACUUCACGUGCUGAACAAGAUGCCCUUGGCUCAUUUCUAACACAAAGCGCGUGGUCUGGUAUGCACAGGAAUCCCAGUCACAAUUUUGGUUUGGUCAGUGGUUCACAAGCUAGUUAUGUUCAUGAAUUACUCGGUCAAUUGGAAAGUUUGACGGGCGAGGGAGAUUGUGUAGAGAUAAAUUCGAAGGGAAAACUGAAAAAUAGAGACUGUCGUCAUCACCAUCAGUACCUUUGCACAAUAUCGGCAGGUAAGUAACUCCAAGAAAACAUCACGUGUUUCUGGAAGAGUUAGAAUUUUUUUUCCAGAUUAUGCUUGUGUGUAUUGUAUAAAGGUGCCAGUUAAUAAUCUUAAAAAGGUGCCACUCACUUGAAAGAAGUGGAAUAAAAAGAAGACAGAAAAAUUAAUACUUGAUUGCCAGGUCCAUUAACCUCAACCGGAGCGACCCACUCAUAUACUAAUCACGGCCAUCAAGUAAUUUUAGAUUCAUUGUAAAGUACUUUUCCAGCAAAAAUAAAUAAGCUCCAGGCAAAAAGCACUAAAUGGAUUUUACUUUGCUUCUCUUUUACACUCUGUCUUUUUUAAAAAGGAACCAAGUGCAGAAAACCUUCACUGGGGGAUGAUGUGGUUGUUUCACCUUCUGAUUGUCUUUUACCAACUCACCCACAUGGAAAGAUUUGCUCCUUUUACUGCGCCCGUGGAUAUCAAGUCAGCGGUCCUUCAUCUGCUCGUUGCGGGAUUGGUGGAUCAUGGAGUGAGGAUGCCAACACCAUCCUUUGUGAUGGUUUGUAUCUUGAUAUUUUAAGUUUCACUUCCCCCCUCAACCGUAGCGUUAAAAAUAAGCCAUUGUUUAAGAUUUUUUGGAUUGCUGUCAAUCCAACGCGAAAGCUAUUGACUUCUGCAGAUUGGAGCUUGUAAAUCAAGAUGUCUUUCCAACCAGUAAAUCGGACGCCUUAAACCAACUUUGUAAAGCAUUUUCUAAUUGUAAUUAUUAUAUAAAUAAUCUUCAGUUUUAAAAUAAUUAUCACCACCGCUGCAACCAACACUGCCACCACCAUUACCACAAUUAUCAUUAUCAUCAUCGUCAUCAUCAUUAUCAUUAUCAUUAUCAUCAUCAAAAAACAACAACAACAACAGGGUAAUAAGUACUGCUACAAUGCUGUUCGAGAGCCGUCGUUGUUUGUUUUUAUUCAAUAGAAUGUGAAGAAGCUCUCGGUAUGGGAGACGGAGAGAUCUCCAACGGGCAAGUCAUUGCUUCUUCGCAACUGGAUGCCGAGCAUGCAGCCAUCAACGGCAGACUAAAGGCUAUAAGAACUUCAAAUAAAGUAGGAUCGUGGUCACCUUAUACCAAUAAUGUUAAGCAAUGGUUGCAGAUAGAUCGGGGCAGCCAAGAGCGUACCCUUGUAGCAAAGAUUGCUACUCAAGGAGAAAAUGCUAAAAGCACGUGGGUCACACAUUACAGAUUACAGUACAGCGACAACGGAGAUAAGUUCAAUGUCUACAAAGAGUUAGGACAAGUUAAAGAUAAGGUGAGAGGCCUCUUCUUCGCCAAAGUGAAAAAAAGCAGUUUAACAUUUCUCCACCAACCUUUAAAUACGUAUAUAUUUUGCUCGUGUGCACUUCUGUACAGAGUAAAAAUAUGUCUGGCAACCUGCUAUCUUUGAGGAAUGCAGCAAGAAACGAAUUUAUUAACUAAAUGUAACACAUGUGAGUCCUACCUGGAUUUUGCAGGUGUUCGAUGGCAACACAGACCCGGAUACUAUUGUUUCUCAUAAACUAAAUCCACGCAUAAGAGCAAGGUACAUCCGUUUCCUACCAACCGCUUGGCAUAAACACAUCUCUAUGAGGGUGGAACUCUAUGGAUGUAAAGGUAAUUAAUGAACAGAUGGCUUUUAAUUUAAGACAUUUCCUAAUUAACUUUAAAUCUAAGACUUACAUGUAUGAAGUGGAUCCCCUCCCCAACCUCCCCAAGCAGUUUACUUUUAUCUUGGAUACAUUUUGACGAAACUUGGAGACACACGGUUGCUUAUUUUGGUUACGACAUAUGAAACUAUUAAAGGAGAGAGCUCAAUCAAUUUCCGAGCAGUUUUUACAGUUUUGCCCUGAAAUAUUUCUUUAAAAAAAACAGAAAUUAUAACAUGAUACAUGAUAAAUUACCAAAAGAAGAAAGAACGAACGACUGUACAGAAUACAGAAGACAUUUCCCUCUAACAUAGGAGGAAUUAAGUUAAUUUUGUGAACCAAUUUAAUAAAAAAUAACUCUUUCAUGAGUCAAUCUGACAAAUGAUCUUUCCUUAGGGACACCAAAUUUUGGCCACUGGUUCCUAGAUGAUUCAGACAGAGAGUGCGAUCUAUUUCCGAACAGUUUUUUACAGCUUUACCCUGAAUAUGGAUAAAAUAGUAAUAAAAGAAUACAAGUGACAAAUUAUAACAUGAUAAAUGAUAAAUUAAUUACCCAAAAAAAGGAUCCACGAUCAAACGACUGUACAGAAGAAAUUUCUCUUUAACAUUAGAAGAAUUCAGUUAAUUUUGUGAUUCAAUUUAUAAAAAUAAAAUCUUUCAUGAGUCAAUCUGACAAAUGACCUUUCCUUAGGGACACCAAAUUUUGGCCAGUGGUUUCUAGAUGGUUCUGAUUCAGAUGUAAGGUUAGUAUAACAUAUAAAUAACCUAUUGAAGGAACAUGAUGAUAAUCAAGACGAUGAUGAUGAUAAUGAUAAUAAUAAUAAUCAUCAUCAUCAUCAUCAUCAUCAUAUUCAUGGUCAUCAUCAUCGUUAUCGUAAGUCAACGCCUUUCGUCAUGGAAAUUUUAUCAUAAUGUUCUCCAUGCAUUUGAUAAAUAUUCACAAGUCACGCAUCACGGGAGAGACCCUUCAUAAUUUGUCGUAGUUUUCAAAAACUUUGAAAGGUCUCUUGUGGUAUGCUCCUCUUAAGGUUAUAUUUCAUAUUUAUUUUAACAAUCAUUGCUCUAAUUUCAUUUCGUAGUUUUUUUGGUGCGGUCAACUACACUGAAGGUUGGUGUCUUGGAAGUAAAGCAGCGUAUUUCAGUCAAAAAGGCUCCUUUGUCACCGUGCCCAAAAUGAACAUUACAAACUGCGACUUUACAAUUGCUUUUUGGGUUAAAUCCGGUGAUAUAGAGGGACCUUUAAUGGCGAUUUGGUCUGUGAGUGGAAAGCUAUUUUACGCGGCAAUAAAGAAUUCCAGUGUCAUCUUGUCGAUACAUAACACUGUAGCAAAAGCAAACUUCGCAAUCAGUGACUGGAAUCAUGUUGCCAUUACCUGUGAGGAGUCUAAGAUCAAGGUGUUUGUAAAUGGAACAGAAAUUUUAACGAAGGAACAAUGGAACGAGUUCUUCUUCUUAUCGUCAGACCAUCUUGAGACGGAAAAUGUGAUAGGAAAUCAUCCAGUCCUGUUCAAGUUGCCAUUGGUAAAUAAACCUUUUGUUGGUGCACUGAUGGACCUUCAUGUAAUCGAAACUGCCUUGUCUGCAAAUCAGAUUUCUGACUUAAGCAAAGGUAAUCUGUUGUUAUUAGGGAGUUUAACCAAAUGAGUUUUUGAGUGACGCACGUCGACCGGAAGUGAGCCGUUUUCGCUCUUUAUACAUCUUGACGCUGCCAAAAUUGUAAUGCCUCGUUGUCUUGCUCUUAUUAGGGGCUUAGACGAUCGGACGACGCGACGGCAGCCAAAACGUUGCUCCGCUAAGGCGCAAAUCAUGCUACUCGUGAUACAAAUAAACUAUAAGCCCCCAAAGGUCAUGUGAUUGUCGUAGUGAUCUAAAAAUGCAUACAGGUUACGCUGAAAAAACGGAAGUAAUUUUGAGGUGGUCAAGAACUUGAGCGUCUUGUUAGACCAGAUGGCUAAACGGGGCCAAUUAAACCAGCUGGAGUGGCAACCCUACAGUCGCGAAAGAAUCCCCAUAUUUUGCUGCUCUAUCUUAAUUGAUCAGAAACAAAAUAAUCAAACCGAAUCCCUUGUAGCCUACACACAAGUAAAUAACUAACUGAUGACGAUAUAUUUUUGUGAACCUAAGGCACGCCGAAAACUCCAGUUAUUAACAAAAAGGAAAGCAAGAUAAAUGAUUGCACUGUGAACCUCACAUGGAGCCGUGACGUGUGUGCCACGACGAAGAACACCAUACGCUUCAGGGUGAUAAAUCCACAGGGCUACAGAGCAGAACGCCGGGUACAAGAGCAUACUUCAGCGAAGUUAUAUCAUCUAUUGACACUUGACUGCGACAAAAUCUAUCAGAUUCAAGUGUCUUCGUGGAUUGGUGAACUUCAAAGCGACUGGUCUACUCCUUGGCAAGUUCAAACUCACCCACCCAUGAUACAGCAGGAUACACAAAACGUCUACUGUAAGUACCGCAAGGGAACAAAACAUAGCUUACCUUAACCCAAGCUGAAAUUCUAAGGGCUUCGUCACGCGUCGUUGCGUGACAAGGCUACUUCCCCCAGGACCAGUGAGGUUUUAUAUCCGUUCAGACCCGUAAGGUGAUGGAUAAUGCCAUUAGGUAAGAAACAAACCAGAAAAACCCGGCCGCAAAAACAAAUCGUUUCAGAUGUACUUAUAAUUCAUCUCUCUAUUAUUUUGAACAGGGUAAAAUGCCUCAAUAAUGACCGACGUUUAAGUUACGUUCAGGCGAACGAGAAAAUUUCUACCUUACUCUACGCGCUCGGUCAUUAUUUUUCAGAAGAAGCCUAACUAACUAGGCAUUAUCCUAUUUAUAAUCUCUGCCAUUUUUUUAAUGAAGCCCCAAAAUUUCCGAGAAGGAAUCUUUAUUACCCGAACUGAGAAAACAGCACGAAAUUCCAAGGCAAAAGCAUGGUUACUUGAUAUGAAAAAUCAUUAAAAAUUUGAAAAAUCAAGUCAAAUUAUGGUGAUAAUGAAGCCAUCUUUUUAACAACAGACCUUUUCAUGGCCACUUCUGCAGGAGAGAUGGGGAAAACAAAACAGAUUUUAAAAGAGAUAUAUGCAAAAAGUUCAGAGUGCAAAAAAAUACAAAAACAAACUCCCGUAACCGAGACAAAAACACCUAUCCUCUUAUGGAUGACGUACAUGUAAAUUGUAUGCAUUCCAUAUCUUUUUACAUUAAUUUAUUUCUGUCUUCCCAGCUAACGAUGACGUUACGAAAACUUUGGGAAUAGUUCUUGGAAUCACUGCUACUCUCGCGGCAGCAAUUCUCGUAGGGAUCUACCGAAGGAGGCAAAAAAGGGAAGAACGGUAUGCUUAAAUGACACGGAAAAGUCAAGAAAGUUUACCCCACGCAUGUUUACAAAGUUGGACACUGACAUUGACACUAGCGUCAUAUCCGACAACUUCUUCGAAAAGCAUUUCUCCGAGGAAACAUAAUGUGUUUGGUCGGACUCGAAAACCGAUUUGUUGUUUUUUUGGGGGGCGUGGUGUCUUUUCCGAUUGACGGAAGAUCUAAAUGCAAAAUCGGGCCAACUUUUCUGUUCACCAUAUGUUUUGGUUACAAAACCGGCCAGACAAACUGUUACGUAUAAAGUAGCCUUUAAAUUAUACAUUACAAUAUGUGCUACAUGCCGUAACCUUAACAGGAAGGUACAGUGUGUUUCGUUUGUUUGUUCGUUUUUGUUUGCGCUUUAAAUACAGUUUAUUUUUCGACAGACGACAGGUACAUAGCGUGCCCAGGCUAGAACGAAGACAGACAUGCGCACUGGACCCCAGUUUCAACUUUAAGUCAAAUUGUACUCAAGGAAAUCGAGUGACUUCUAUUGCUCCCCAUAAAAAAGGAAUUUUCCGUCAUGUGUCUUAAACAACAGAGGCGGCGGAGCCUUUCCAAACGUAAGGGGGGCUCAUCAAAGGGUCUUUUAUACACGGGUUUUCCCCCUUCCAUUGACCGACGGUUAUGCCAUGCUGAAGAACCCCAAUAAGGGCGAAACAGCCGUCCAUGGCUGCCACUACACAAAUUUGACUGCCGCCUGGUUAGCUCAGUUAGGAGAACGCCGGUCUGCUGAGUGCGUUUUUCGUUAGCACAGGCAAAUCUCUUUGUAAUCUUCACAGUGUCUAGUGAGAAGAUUGCGAUUUGGGGCAAUGUAUCAGUAGGCAUUUGUUUAGACGGUCCUGCUUCGUGGUGCUCGUUAGGCGGCAAAUCGUCUAGUGAGGGCAGGAGCUGUUCACUUUGAAGUCGCCGAUGUCCCAUGUAAUGUUUGGGGGGGGGGGGGGCCCCUGCUCCGCCGCCUAGGUAGUAGGAGAAACUGCUCUUCCUACGCAGUUUUUUAAUAGUUCGAUCCUGUACAAAACAAAAGUUUUUACUAAUAUUGGAUAUUUCUCAUUUAGAUCCAAGAAAGAAAUUGUUCAUUUUAUGUCACUGGAAGUCCCACACGAGCGGGUAACCAUCGUGGGCGAACUUGGUCGAGGGGCUUUUGGCAAGGUUCAUAAAGGUGUGAUGAAGGAGGUAACAAACGCAAAUAUAUAUCCCGAUACCAGUGAAAGAAAUCCAAAUGUACAUUCCAAGGACAGCCUACGACCACUGAAGGACAAUAUUAAUAAAGGACGAAUUGUUGCUGUUAAAGUCCUUCUUGGUGAGUUACUAAGCCAUUUUCGAUGAAUGUUUACAAAUCAUGUUCGACCAGCACGUUGUAUGUGUAACUUUAGUAUAGUCGAAGUUCACUUCCAUGUGGGAUCAAGGCCUCUACUUCCGACAAUGCAAUGGAAAAUAGCUUAACUUACAUGUGACAGACAUCUUGUUGAUGCUGAGGCUAAAGUCAAACCUCCAUAAUCGGCCACCUCUCUACAACGGUCACUAUUUUCUGUCUCUAGGGACAGUCUACACAAUGACUCUUGUUUAAACGUCUCUUCAACGGCAACAGCCACUAACGCAUGACCCCAACUGCCAAAAUAACCUGUCAACAACGGCCAUUUUUUCCGCCGACUGAUGAAAACGUCAAGAAUGAUCAUGGAACUUGAUCCGUAUGGCGCGUUGAUGAUUAAUCGCGGCAAUCCUAUUUUGAUUGUGUUCCAUUUAUACUGCUGCAGCAAGCAUAAAUUGUCUGCGAUACGUCUGCCAAUGCUGGGAACUUUGCUCGUUUUGUCACGCUGACAUUUUGAUUCAAAACAUGAUGCCCUUCAUCAUCACUUUCUUUGAAUGGCUAAGCAGUUCACAAACCCUCUCGACAUUGUUUUUCUUGACUGAUUUUAACUGAUAUCCUUUUAUUCAUUAACUCCCGUCUUUGUUUAGAAAAUGCUGGAGAGGAGGAAAAACGACAGUUUCUUCAGGAAAUUGACCUCAUGAAGGACGUUGGAUCGCAUCGAAACAUUCUUAGCAUACUCGGUUUUUGGAUUCGGUCGGAGCCCAUUAUGUUGAUCAUGGAGUAUGUUCCUCACGGAGAUCUUCUGCAGUGGCUUAGAAACAAAAGACAGCAAAUAAAGCAUGUUACUGUAUGUAUCGAUUUUUUGCCAUUUUCUCCCUAAUAACAAAAUCUAUAUCAGCUUAUUUGUUGCCCCGUUGCAUUUCCUAUAAACGUAUAGCCUGGAGCAUUUCUCAAAAUAUAAAGUGAAUUCAAAUUUUUUGUACAUGUCUUCAAUUUCUGUUAACAAAUUUAUGAAGCAUUGAUAAUACAACCAGAAACAUGAUAGAGUUUUGCAUAUUUAAAACAUCUAAGGAGAGCCAAAACCACUGUGGAGAAAGAAACACUCCUUUAUUUAUUUGUAACAUGGGAAAUGUAUGAAUUUGCUUUUACAUUCUAUAUCCAAAAGUUGAUAUCGCUUUCUUGAAAACGGGUAAUUUACUUGGUCUGAAAUCAGAAAAUCUUAUUUCUAAAGAAAGAAAUAUCUAUAAUAAGCUGUAUAUGUCGUAUGGUUAUUGCGCUUUCGUCUGUGUAGAAAAUGAUCUUUUGGCUCUGGUAAAAUUGCUUUACCAGUCUAUACUAUACAGAAUAUUAAUUUGUAAACCUAAAUCAUGUUUGAACUACUUGCAGCUUACAAAGAAGAAUAAUGACCAUACCGAUGUCUUAGAAAGUCAGAAGAAAAACAUGGGUGGUCGAGAGAUAAAAGGAGGGAAGAUUAAAAAUGAAAAACAAGAGGAAAAUGGUUCCAUGCAACUGCAAGAACUAGAAAAUCCACACAAAUCCAAGGUAACCGAUGUUGACACCAAUGUUGAUCGCCUACUUGAAAUACUACCUCAGUGUUCAACUUUGGAAAAAGAAGAGACAACAUCGCUAGGGGAGAGUUCGAGAAAUCUCCCAGAAGUUGUUACAAGCCUUAUUUUGGUAGGAGGCGAAGGACCCACUCAUCAGCUCACGACCUAUGACGAACCGAAGGGAAGCGAUGGAAUAACCUUGACUAUAGAAACAGAGGAUAAGAACAGCGACGCUAAUGGAAAGCAAAAGAGAAUAGAAAGUUCGGAAAACGAGACAGGCAAGUCCAAAGAUGAUGCCAUGAACGUAUACGUAUCAUCUCCAGAAACCAAACCUGGUAAAGAAAACGAAAAGAGGGUACAGUCAUUACCAUCGACCUUUAAAGACGACCAGUUUCCUGAAUCCCUUGAAAGGACCACAAUGGCAGCCUCUACAGAGCACGACGAAGGCACUUGUGACAUCGACAAUAAAGAUCACGUUUUUUCUGCAGAUGAUAUGAUGAGUUUUGCGUGGCAGAUUGCUAAGGGAAUGGUAGGUUAUUUCUUUGCUAUGGGAAAGGAAUCAUACGAACAAACACUAACAAAUACAUCCGAAAACAAAGAUUUUGUUUUUAUGCCUAAAGUUUAAUAUAUAUUCGAAAGCGACUAUACCGUGAAAUAGAGGCACUUCUGAAACUAUCGCACGUAUACUACAACCUCACAUCAUACGCGUUGUACACAAAGCGAUAACCACUUUGCGACGACUAAUUACUAGUUAAUGUCAAGGACAAAGAAAAACUGGAGGACAGACAGGGAGCAGUAUACAAGAUAAAAUGCUACAACUGGCAGGCUAAUUACAUUAGUAAGACCGACAAAAACCUAAGCACGAGACUGACUGAACACAAGCGAGCGACAAGAAAUGGUGAUGUCAACAAUCACAUUGUGGAACACCAUUUACGGACGAAACAUCAAAACGAAUUGUAUUACGUACUGUACAUACUACUAUCAACGACUCACUUUAGAAGGUUGGUUUACAAACUUAGAGCAAACCCCACUAAAUCGCAGUCAACAGUUACCGGCACCGUACAAACGACUAAUUGAUGGAUUUCAAGCAAAACUAACUACAAGAGGGUGACUGGACAACUGACAAUUUGACUAACAAUAAACGACUGUUAAACUAUGACAAUUGCAAUAGACGGAUCGAAACGCACCAUAGUCUUCAUAGAGUCUUCAUAGCCAAUAACAUUACGGCUUAAUUGGCAGACGACCAAUAACAUCGCCACUUAAUUGACCAAACAGGCCAAUAAUCAGAGUUUAAUAUCAUUAACUAACGUGAUACAACUCACUUUGACUCUGAAGAUGACUACCGCACAGGUUGUCGAAACGUCAGUCACUGUCAAAAACAGUCCUAUUCAGGACUUCGUUCAACCGAACGAUCAAUAUCAACCAACUUAUGAAAUGACCACUGGGUUCAAACCUUUCACAGCUAAAAUAAUCUGUUGCCCACAAAAAAGGGUUAAAAAUGCUCAAAUAACGGCUUCACCUCAUUACGUUUUGCCAGAACUGGUAACUAUUAGUAACUAGAAAAAUCUGUCUGAGAAGAAAAUAAGCAGCUACAAAGGAGAAAAGGGAUCAGGCAAAGGGCUAACAAGUAGAUAGAAAAGACUAAGUUUUAAAUCAUCAUUUUAUCAGGAAUACUUGGCCAGUAAAGGAUUUGUUCAUCGCGAUCUGGCAGCCCGUAACAUCUUACUUGGUGAAAACAAAGCGGUGAAGAUUUCUGAUUUUGGUAUGCUACGCCGCACGGGUGAGAGUGAGAUAUAUGAGGUGGCAACCGUUAAGAAACUGCCCAUAAAAUGGACAGCACCUGAUUCAUUGGAGACUGGAAUUUUUACUUCCAAGAGUGAUGUGUAAGUUAAAUAAAAAAUUUUUGCAAGGUUUCUUAGGCCUAUUGUCACCUACAACACAGGUAUAAGAACGAGCCACAUACCAAGACUAAAAACAGAGAAACCUACUACUAAGUCAAUUCCUUCUUAGGCCUUGUUCGCCAGAGACAAUUUUUGGAAAUUUUCCUUGAUAAUUGCUCUCUUACCAGUUACCAUCCCUUUCUUUUCAAAGGGGACUGGGUUUGAAUUUAUUCCAACCAAAAGAAGGUUAACCUCCCACGCAGGCGUUUUUAGGGAAGCUCGGAUUUCGUCCCUCCCAACAAACUCCUGCUCAACCGAGAACAACAUCCCUUUCCCAAGCUUAGCCAAUCACAUUGUAUCUUCCAAGUUCUGGAACUUUGAACUUGACCGCAGGGGUACCCGAUAACUAUUCGAUCUGUAUGGAACACUGGGAAAGCUAUAUAACCUCUCAUAAAUGUUAGACUCAGAGCGGCAAAAGUAAGAUUUAUUCAGGUUUUAGAAUACUUCGUGCACUGCAUAACCUUAGCGUAGGGAAGCGAAGAAGGAAAAAGGUAACUCUAGGGUCACGUUUUUACACUACCAUGAGCUUAUGAGUCGUGUUUAGCCUAUCAACACUUCAGCCUUUCAAAACUGUUGAUUGAACUGGUUACUUACGACGUGAAUAAAAUAAUGGAAAAGGAAUGUUAUUCUCCGUUGAGCAGACAUUUGUGGGGAGGGACGAAAUACGAGCUCCCCUAAAAAAACCUGCGUAGGAGGCUAAAAGAAGAUUGAAUACGUCCUAGCUUCCGAUUUUAGAGCCUGUGUUUCAACCUGACUUUCCCAGUUACACAAUAGGCCACUUGCAUGAUGACGUCAUUUUAUAACAACUACCAGAAUCCUUCAGGGUUUUGCUUUCUUGUGCAAAUUAGGGCUUUUGUUAUUUAAACUUCACUGGGUUUACCAAAUUUCAGUAUGAAAGAAAAAAAGAAAUGAAUUCUUGUCUUAGUAGUAAAAAGACGUCAUCGUGCAAAUGGCUUAUUUACUGUAUUUCUCUCCGCCCUCCGAUGACUACCAUGGAAGGGCAGACCCUCCACUGAGUAAAACUCUGUGUCACUGCAUGCUUCCCUAAGAACCUCGUGAUGAAUAGAAUUACAGCAAGUGGUCAGCAAGCUGUCAUGUUGCUCACACCAAGAUACCCUAAUGAAAUAUUAGCAUAGGUAAAACUACUGACCUUUCCGGUUACGUUUAGAAAAAAAAUAUACAAUUAUUGAUGUAAGGAUUCGCGGACAAUCAAGAGUAAUUUCUCUCUUCCUCUCAUUAGAACUUUUUAAUUUAUAAUUGUUGAGUUGUUUCACCGAUUAUUUGUUUUCAUCAUACUGUACCUUGUUCCUUAGAUGGUCGUUCGGAGUUGUUUUGUGGGAAAUGGCUACCAUGGGUGAGAUAUCUUUAAAGCUUUGACUGAUGUUACACCGGAAGUAGAAUGAUUGUCUAUUGCAUUUGUUUGUUUGUUUUACUAAUAAAUUCUAACAACGUAACUCCGUAUCCAGAUCUCUUGUCGAGGAAGCCAAAGGCGAGAUAUGGUCAAAUACGUACGUCACGUGAUCGCCGGUCAGGCGCACUCCCUCACAAUCUUAACAGUAAGAGUAACCAAUGAAAUAUGUUGAUUUUCAAUGAAGUUCAGAUAUAACGCGCACUCUGUUUGGUUGCAAAUGUGUGCUUUAUGAGAGUAUAAAGCCAGCUAAAGUGUCGCACCAUCUGCCAAAAGUUUGUUUGGAGAAUUAAAAAGUGACGUAUGGGGAAUUUAACGGAUUCUUUAUCAUGAAACAAAUAAAGAAGCCUUGACACUGUGCUCUGUUUAGUGUGACGCACGCAGAAAACGGCAAGAGCACUUAGGAAGUAGAGAGAAACACUCCACUAGGUCUCGGUUUCCCCCAACAAUUCUUUCCUGCUUUAGCUGCUUCCGGUGUGCUUUACAACAGAACAGAGUACAGUCGAAGCGAUCUCGUCCUUGGCUUCGUGGAGAAGAGAUCUGGGUACAAGUUCACUAUCAACGUUGUGAGUUAAAGGACCUGUGUCACGAAAUUCUGCCAGAUUAGUUAAUUACAAAAUAUCCAUUAAAUUAAGAGAAACGUAAAAAUAACCGCUUAAAACGUUAAAGGAAGGUUAAAAUAACAUGACAGAAACAACAGAUGUCACGGAUGGGCAACACUGAAGAAGAUUUUAACGGAUUGAAAUUAGGGUUUUUGAAAACUGUUCAGCCUAACAGUUUUUCAAAAGUGAUCCCUGCUGCUUGCAACUUCAAAAAUAAUGCUUAGAGACCUAUUUGUUUGUCACGGAUCGCUGAUUUUGUCACUUACAUGUAAUUUCUUUGCCUACUUUAAGUUCCAUAGCGAUUGAGCGCAAGUGAUUGGCAAAAUUAAACAAAAUAUACCAGACUGCCGUGACACAGCCCCUUUAAUCUGUCACGUGCCACAAUAACUAAAAGUUCUUGACAGACAUAAUGUUGGCUUAAAAGUUCUUUGAACCUUUCCAAAUGAUAUUUAAAUUAAACAUUUUAGGGGGGACUCCUUAUCCCAGAAUCAGCCAUGCCCAGUUGUACAAUCUCCUUAAGAAGGGGUAUCGCAUGGAACAACCAAACACUUGCAGUGAUGAGAUGUAAGUAAACUUAUUACAAAUGACUCGCAAUUAAUACCUGUACCAAACAAGAAACACGAUAUUUUUAAAAAACAACAUUGUUACGCUAUAGGCAUAAUAAUCUUUAAAAUGUUCAUAACAAAGCCCCGUUCUCGACUACUUCUUUCAGUUCAUCGGUAAAACGCCAGGGGUAAAGUACAAUACACUUCGAUUGACUUUAUCUUUAGGAAGGUAGGAAGUGACAAUAAAAAAAACAAUCAUGACUCUCUCGCGAGUACUCGUGCGACUUGAUUGCGACAAAAAUCAAUGCAACUGGCGAAUAUAACGCCAACGCAAGUAGAUCGAUCAAAAACAACCAGGUUUAACUCUAUCUCUACCAGACGAAGUAGAAUUAUACCCCAAUUUCAUUCACGUUUCUAUGAUGUCAUGAACGUUAAGAACUACCUGCUAAUGUUCCGCUUUAAAAUGGAUAAUUUCAUCCCUUCUAUAAUACUCACAAGGGAAAUUUCGUUUUGCUGAAGUAAAAACCAAAUCUUAGGUAAUCUCACUCGGCAAAACAUGGCAAUGUAAAUAACUUGAAACCAGUAUUUCGUCUCGUAACUAGGUGAAAUGUGAUCAUUCAGGUGAGUGUACUUAUUGAAAACAUUGUUGUUAACAGCGAUUGCCUAUUCGACAACAACGAUCACCAGAGUUCAAAGUGAGUUACGUGUCGUAGCUUGAAGACAAUUUUAGCUAGCGUCAUAAUUGGCCAACUUGAACAAAGCAUAAUCCAGAAUAUUUUUUUCUCGACAGAUACAAGUUAAUGCUGGACUGCUGGAGGGAUGAUCCGAAUGAACGACCCUCAUUCACCGAAAUGAUAACCACUCUUGAACAAAUGAUGACAGCUGAUACCCCAUAUUAUGAUUUUACACUGUUAGAUGAGAGCCAGGAAUGUUACAAUGAUCAAUGCCCCAGCACCAGCGAAACUCUCGACACUCUCUUGUGA